UCAAAUUGAUAAACCAUUUUAACUGUAGCCUUUCCUUCUCAAAAUUAUGUGUCUGCACAAAAAUGUUACUUCGCCAUCUUUCAAUGGGGUUCUCGGAAUCGUUUCUAAUCACCUUCAAUCUUUCUAUGGUGUUCCUGAAAUCAUCUCAAAAUCGCUUCCAGUCUCUCUGCUAGAGCCAGCUCGAGCGGAAAUGCUUCAAAUUUUACUGCUGGCAAUGUCAUUGUGGUAGACAUUGACUGAUUGACACUGGACAUUUUCCAUGCUCCAAUUACAAUCAAAAGAUGCCAUUGCCAGCCACUCCUCAUCUCAAUCUCACAGCAUUAUGUAGAGAGGGCCAGUUGAAGGAGGCGCUGCACAUUCUGCUUACCACACACAAUCCCCCUGGAGACUCCUCUACAUAUCUUCAGUUAUUGCAGACUUGCAUUUUCAAGAACACUCUUUCACAAGUGAAAAAUGUCCACUCUUUCAUCGCUCACAGGCGAUUUGCAUUUGCUACGCGCACUUCUUUUCAGAAUAGUCUUAUUAAUUUGUAUGUCAAGUGCGGAAGUUUGGUGGACGCUCUUAAAGUGUUUGAUCACAUGAGAGAACGAAACAUCGUGUCAUGGAACACAGUUAUUGCAGCAUACCGAAGACAUGGGUAUCCUCAGGAGGCAGUAGCACUGUUUCACCAAAUGCAACGAAAAGGCUUCCAACCCGAUCAGUUCACAUUUGCCAGCAUAGUCGCAGCCUGUGCCAAAAUGGGAGCUUUAGAUCAGGGUAUGGACAUUCAUCAAAGCAUAAAGGAUAGAGGAAUUUCGUCAGAUGUCGUAGUUGCAACUGCUCUGGUAGACAUGUAUGCAAAAUGUGGAAGCAUAGACAAGGCAAGUGAACUGUUUGACAAAAUGCGUCAAAGAAAUGUGAUCUCAUGGAAUGCCAUGGUUGCAGCAUAUGUACAAAAUGGAUUUGUUGAAAUGGCUUUAGAAACUUUCAAGCAAAUGCAAUUGGCAGGCGUAAAGCCAAAUUCCACAACCUUUGCCAACGUCCUCCCUGCCUGUGCCAAAAUGGGAGCUUUGGAACAGGGAAUGGACAUCCAUCAAAGCAUAACAGAGGGGGGUUUUUUUUCAGAUGUUGUAGUUGCAACUGCCAUGGUCGACAUGUAUUCAAAAUGUGGAACUAUAGACAAGGCACGUGAGCUGUUUGACAAAAUGCUUCAAAGAGACGCGGUCUCAUGGAAUGCGAUGAUUGCAGGAUAUGCACAAAAUGGAUUUAUUGCAAAGGCCUUUGAAACUUUUAAGCAGAUGCAACUGGCGGGUUUAAAGCCAGACUCCACAACCUUUGUCAGCAUCCUCCCUGCCUGUGCUCAAAUGGGAGCUUUGGAGCAGGGUACAGCUGUCCAUCAAAGCAUAAUUGAAAGUGGAUUUUUUUUAGAUAUUAUAGUUGGGAAUGCUCUAGUAGAUAUGUACGCAAAAUGUGGAAGCAUGCACAAGGCACAUGAAUUGUUUGCCAGAAUGCCUCAGAAAGAUGUUAUCUCAUGGAAUGCAAUGAUUGUUGGAUAUGCACAAAAUGGGUUUGUGGAAAAAGCCUUAGAAACUUUCAAGCAAAUGCAAUUGGCAGAUGUAAAGUCAGACUACACAACUUUCGCCAGCAUCCUCCCAGCCUGUGCCAAGAUGGGAGCCUUGGAACAGGGUAUGGACAUCCAUCAAAGAAUAACAGAAGGUGGAUUUUUGUCGGAUGUAGUUGUUGCAAAUUCCCUGGUAGACAUGUAUGCCAAAUGUGGAAGCAUAGACAAGGCACGAGAACUGUUUGACAAAAUACCUCAAAGAAAUGUGGUCUCAUGGAAUGCCAUGGUUGCAGGAUAUGCACAAAAUGGAUUUUUUGAAAAGGCUUUAGAAAAUUUCAGGCAAAUUCAAUCUGCCGGUAUAAAGCCAGACCCCACAACCUUUGCCAGUAUUCUCCCAGCCUGUGCUAAAAUGGGAGCUUUGGAACUGGGUAUGGACAUCCAUCAAAGCAUAAUGGAAGGGGGUUACAUUUCAGAUGUUGUGGUUGCGAAUGCCCUGGUAGACAUGUAUGCAAAAUGUGGAAGCAUAGAGAAGGCGAGAGAAGUAUUUGAAAAAAUGCCUCAAAGAAAUGUGGUCUCAUGGAAUGCCAUGAUUGCAGGAUAUGCACAAAAUGGAUUAUGCAAGGAUGCUCUCAAAGUCUUUGAAUUAAUGAAGCACUCUGGAACAUAUCCUGACAUUAUAAGCUUUGCUUGCGUUCUAUUUGCAUGCAGCCACGCAGGUUUGGUGGAUGAGGGUUGUAAAUGCUUCAAUCACAUGAGUAAUCUAUACUACAUACCUACAGUUGAUCAUUAUGUGUGCAUGGUCGAUCUUCUUGCCCGUGCUGGCUAUCUUGAGGACACACUAAACUUUAUCAUUAAGAUGCCGAUUAAACCUGUGGUGGUUGUGUGGAUGUGUUUUCUUGGUGCCUGUAGGUCGCAUAUGAAUAUAGGCUUAGGAAUAUUUACAGCAACACUGCUUUUUGAUUUGGAUCCUAAAAAUGCUGCCACUUAUGUUCUUCUCUCAAACAUCUUUGCAGAAGUUGGCUGGAGGAGUGAAGUUGAAAUGGUAAGGAGAUUAAUGAAAGAAAGAGGAAUUAAAAAGAUCCCUGGAUGUAGUUGGAUUGAAGGCCAUCAAAUGGUGCAUACUUUUUGUGCAGGAGACAGAUCACACCCACAGACACAGGAGAUCUACGCAAAGUUGGAUAAAUUGGCUUGGGAGAUGAAGGCAGCGGGGUAUUUUCCAGAUUCAAGACAUUCACUCAAUGAUGUGGAAGAGGAGGAAAAAGAAUUAUUUCUUCACCAUCAUAGUGAAAAGUUGGCAAUUGCAUUUGGUUUGUUAAACACGCCCCCUGGAUCAACUAUUAGAGUUGUUAAGAACCUUAGAGUAUGUGCUGACUGCCACACUGCAACAAAAUUUAUCUCCAAGAUUGUUGGAAGAGAAAUUGUUGUGAGAGAUGCAAACCGUUUCCACCAUUUUAAACAGGGACAAUGUUCUUGUGGAGAUUACUGGUGAUGUUAAAUGAAGCAAUCUGCAAAUUUGGCUUGCACCAUAAUGAUGUGCACGAUGUCAGAUCUGCAAUAAUAAUGAAGGGAAAAGGAGUUGGAGAACAGGGCGAAAGUAAAAAAAUGAGGAAUACUCCUAAAUAAAUGGAAAGAUGCUUGUCUAGUAGGAAAUGGGAAAGGAGGGUUCACAAUCAACCUUCGUCAUUUUGUAUAGAUUUUUUGUUCGGAUUAAUUGUAGUGAUGUGUUGGACAAUUUGUAUAUGGGUUUAUAGAUGGCUUAUAGCAAUAUGGGUCUGUAGAUCAUAGCUUACAUAUAUUGUUGAGUAUCUAUUAAAGUUCUCUUUUAUGACAACAUGUAUGUUUAAUUGAAUUGUCUUAAAUAAAUCUGCAGGAGGUGGAGAACACGGCGAAAGUAAAAGAUGAGGAACACUCCUAAAUAAAUGGAAAGAUACUUGUCUAGUAGGAGAGGAGGGUUCACAAUCAACCCUCAUCAUUUUGUAUAGAUACUUGUCUAGUGGGAGAGGAGGGUUCACAAUCAACCCUCAUCAUUUUGUAUAGAUUUUUUGUUCGGAUUAAUUGUAGUGUUGUAUUGGACAACCUGUAUAUGGGUUUACAGAUGGCUUAUGGCAAUAUGGGACUACCUGGUGGAGAACAGGGCGAAAGUAAAAGAUGAGGAACACUCCUAAAUAAAUUCAAUCUUCAUGUUGUUGACAAGCCUAACACCAUAAGCACUUGAAGAUUUUAUCUUGC